AUAAGCUGAAUAUGAAAAUUACUGCAAACGGAUCAUUUGUAAAUUUAUGUAAUUUAUUAAUAAUUAAUGUAGUAACGUAGGGUACAUUUCGAUGAUAAGAAUGAGCAUAUCUUUCUUCCCCUUAAUAAUAUCAUUAAUUAGUAUCAUUAAUUAAUAACGACACGAUUUUUAUCAGGAACAUAUACAUUCUAUAGAAAUCAUUACAUUAAAGAACACACUUCUAUUUAUAAUGCAUAGCUAAGAGUAAUAAUUUGUAAGAGAAAGGAGAUAGUAACAGCAAAUGUUAUUACAUUCGCUGGCUUAUCACGGUAACUCCAACAAACUGUAUUGUUACCGCUUGUAUCACUUGCACAAUACGCUGCGAUUUGUAGCAAGGUGGUGAUACCAUAAAUAUCGAUUGCGUUCUAUCUGAACCUCAGACCGGCGCGGUAAUUUCUCUCGCUCUCUCUUUCUCUCUCCCGCUUCUCGCGCGUCCGCGCAGACGCUGGCUGUUGAUUAUUGUUCCGUUAAGAAACACAGCCAGGUGCAGCGAUCAGUAUUUAAAGUGAUUCCGCGAUCUUCAACCAUGAAGUGUGCCACCCACGAGUCCGCGAUAGACACCUACAGACGAGAUAACGAUUACAGUCUCCAGGUGAACCGUUGGUUGCUGAAGUCGAUCGGUGCCUGGCCAGAAUCUUCAAUGAAGUACUCAGUCACCAGAAACAUUCUCAAAACAGUACUAAGAUUAACGUGCCACUUGUUGAUAGCAUUCACCGUGGUACCUUCCAUGCUAUAUAUAAUCUUCGAGGAGAAAGAUUUUCGUCUGAGGCUCAAGGCUGUAGGGCCUUUCAGUCACUGUCUCAUGGGUGGUAUCAAUUAUUGCUCACUGCUGCAUCACGGCAGUCACAUACGCAGAUCUAUCGAGCACAUGGAGAACGAUUGGCGAAUGGCGAAGAGGGAACAUGACCGUGAAGUGAUGCUGAGGAACGCUCGUAUCGGACGCACUAUAGCAGGCGUUUGUGCGCUGAUCAUGCAGGGUGGAAUUCUCAGUUACAACUUGGCGAGAGGAAUGUCACCGAUAAUCGAGGUCAUCGGCAACGAGACGGUGGCAUUUGGUCGCUUACCGUGUCCGUCUUUCAACAUGAUCGUGGAUACCCGCUUCAGCCCGGUUUACGAAGUCGUACUAGUCUUUCAGUUUCUUUCGAUCAUCGUGGUGAACAAUGUCACGAUUGGUGGAUGCGGUCUGACCGCCGUUUUUGCAAUGCAUGCCUGCGGUCAACUGAACAUGGUGAUGUUGCGUCUACACGAGCUCGUCAACGAGAAGCGAGAAGUUCUUCAGCUACGACUGGCGAACAUUAUUGAGCGUCAUUUACGAGCGUUAAGGUUCCUUUCACGUAUGGAAACGGUUAUACGUCAGAUAUGUUUUGUGGAAUUAGUCGGCUGUACGUUCAACUUAUGUAUGUUAGGAUAUUACACCAUUACGGAGUUGCAUGAAGAAAGCGCAAAUACCAUAAUAUCCUAUAUCAUGGUGUUGAUAUCGAUGAUGUUUAAUAUUUUUAUAUUCUGUUUCUUUGGUGAGCUCGUGAUGGAUCAGUGUAAAAAAGUCGGUGAGGCAGCUUACAUGACAAACUGGUACUAUUUACCGCGUAAAACUGUUUUUGCUUUGAUAUUAAUAAUUUUGCGAUCAAGAAUAACUGUCAAAAUCACAGCUGCAAAAGUAUUUCACAUGUCUAUCGCGACAUUCGGUGUUGUAAGUAUCGAAAACAAUUAUGGGCAAAUUCCAUCAAGCGCUCGCGUUUUAACGAUGCAGGGAGAUCCUAUCCAAAAGACAAAUUCAGUCGAAUUAGUUCACGAUCACGAGGAAGACAUGCGGUUGAGUAUCCAACUGAACCGUUGGCUCCUCCAGCCCCUCGGCGCCUGGCCGAGGUCAGCUGGAAUCUCGUCGAUGGAAAGAUAUACGUACACGUUGGUGAACGUGAUCUGUACCGGUCUGAUCGGCUUCAUCCUCGUGCCGACAGUCGUCUAUAUGACGCUCGAGAUCGAAGACACUUACAAUACUCUGAAGCUCUCCGGGCCGGUGAGUUUCUUCGUGAUGGCUAUCAUCAAGUACUCCUCGCUGAUCUUCCGUGAGAACGACAUUCGUAAAGGUAUCAAAUACAUCGAGAAUGACUGGAUGAACACGCGGUACCAGAAUGACCGCAUCAUCAUGAUCAAAAGCGCGAAGUUCGGCCGUCGUCUUGUGGUGAUCUGCGCGUUCUUCAUGUACGGCGGUGCUGUGUUCUACUAUCUCGCCCUGCCGUUCAGCAAGGGUACAAUCACGGAGGACGACGACAACCUGACAUAUCGGCCUCUGGUGUAUCCGGUCGCCCGAGUGAUCGUCGACGCGCGACAUAGUCCCAUUAGCGAGAUCUUCUUCUGGGUGCAGUGCCUCUCGGGUUUCGUCGCGCACUCUAUCACAACUGGUGCCUGCAGCCUGGCAGCUGUGUUUGCGAUGCACGCAUACGGCCGCAUGGAGAUUCUCAUACAGUGGAUCGAGCACUUGGUGGACGGACGAGAGGAUCUCUGCGGUAGCGUGGACAACAGAUUGGCGAUGAUCGUGCAUCAGCAUGUGGCAAUCUUACGUUUCAUAGCGCUAAUCGACAAUAUUCUGCGCGAGAUAUCUGUUGUGGAGAUUGCGGGAUGUACGUUAAACAUGUGUUUUCUUGGAUAUUAUACUAUCACGGAAUGGGGAAGUCAAGAACCUGCAACUUAUGUAACGUAUAUUAUUCUGCUCAUAUCUCUCACGUUCAACAUUUUCAUAUUUUGUUAUAUUGGCGAGCUUGUUACCGAACAGUGCAAAAAGAUCGGCGAAGUAUCGCACAUGAUCGAUUGGUAUCGUUUGCCAGAAAAAAAGGGUCUCGCUCUCAUAUUGAUAAUCGCUAUGUCUAAUUCGUCUUUCAAACUUACUGCUGCAAAUCUCUUCGAGCUAUCUCUCAGCACUUUCGGUGAUGUGGUUCGAACAUCGGUCGCUUAUCUGAACAUGCUACGUACAUUAACUUCAUAAAAUUUGCCAAAAGUGUGAAAACUGAUAUAAUUGCCGAUUGCAUAAAAUGUAAAUUAAAAUCCUAUGUUGAAACAAAAAUAAAAGAUAAACAUUUUAAACAAA